UGUUGUUUGCGGUGUUUGAAAGAACCAGCAAAAGUUGCCGAGUGUGACAGGACUUCCUUAUGACAAAAACGAACGGAUUGUCACGUGCUCAGGAUGAACACCUUAGUUAGCCUUCUUAUUUUAGUUUUCGCUGUUGCAUUUGCCAUUUUUCACAGUUACCCCAUGCCGCCUCAGUCGCCGUUACUUUACCAAUGGCAAGAGAGCGCAUCCUUCUUCAUUGUUGAUGGCUACGAUAUCUUCUUUAAAGAUGUCAAAGGCAUGGCCAAUAAUGAUGAUAUACUCCUAUGUCUGCAUGGCUUUCCCACAUCAAGCUUUGACUACCACUUGGUGCUUCCUGCUUUGAGACGAGUAUUCAGCAGAGUUGUCUUCCUGGAUUUCCUUGGUUUCGGCUACAGUGACAAACCUAGGUUCCAUAAAUACUCCAUCUCUGAACAGGCCAAUAUCACAGAAACUCUAGUUAGGAUGCUCCGAGUGAAGAAAUUGCAUAUUCUUUCGCACGAUUAUGGUGAUACUGUAGCUCAGGAGCUGAUAGCGAGACAAAACGAAGCUGCUCUACCCUUUGUCAUCAAGACACUCUGUAUGCUUAAUGGAGGCAUCUUUCCCUCUCAUCACCAUCCGAGAUGGUCUCAGAAGGUUCUUCUUAUGCCUGUGAUAGGUGUUAUAGCGUCAAGGCUGAUGAACCACCUGACUUUCAGAAUUGCGCUGAAUGACGUGUUUGGUCCGAACACGAAGCCAACUGCCGCUGAUGUGCACAAUUACUGGCACCUAUCGAGACACAAGGAAGGCUACAGAGUAUUUGGAGCGUUACUCUCGUAUAUUGAGGAGAGGACCCUACACGAGAAGAGAUGGACCGAUGCCUUGAAGCAGUCGUCUGCGCCUGUGCACAUGAUCUAUGGCCCAGCGGACCCCGUGAAUCCACCUCCUUUUGAUGAUCAUUACCGGAAGAUGUAUCCACAGCAUAGUAUUCACAUCCUGCCCAAAGAAAUUGGCCACUACGUACAGCUGGAGGCGCCACAGGACAUGAUAGUUGCCUACCUGCCGUUCCUAGAAGCCAACGGCAUUUCUGUUGCGGGGAAAACGGAAGUGGAAUAAAAUAUUUUUCGUGUCUUUGUA